UACGUAAUCUAUUUAUAUUCUCUCUACUCCAUCUUCAAUACGAAAGUACUUUCAAAGUUCUGCUAUUUUUCACUCUUUACCAAAAAAAAAAAAACAAAAAAAAACGACAUUUUUCAAUUUCCAGAAAAAAUUAAAAAAAAUGGGUGUUCGUUUGAAGCUUGCGCCAAUACUUCUGGCAACCUUGAUUAUCUUCGCUGCCGAAGCUAAGAAGACAUCAGACCUUUAUAAGGUUCUAGGUGUUGACCGGGACGCUAGUCCACGUGAUAUUAAGAAGGCGUUCCACAAGCUCUCUUUACAAUAUCACCCUGAUAAAAACAAGAAUAAAGGUGCUCAAGCAAAGUUUGAGGAGAUCAACAACGCGUAUGAAAUUUUAUCUGAUGAGCAAAAGAGGAAAAACUACGAUUUAUAUGGUGAUGAAAAAGGUGGCCCAUCCUUUGAUGGUGGGAGUGCAGGAGAUUAUGGUGGAUACUCCCACUUCACUAGUGGUGGAUCAGGAGGACAGUGGCAGAAUAUGGGUGGGGGUGGCCGGUCUUUCUCCUUUUCUUUUGGUGGAUCUGGCGGUGGAAACCCAUUUGGUUUUGGUCUCAAUGAUAUGUUUUCAAACUUAUUUAGUGGUGGCAGUGGCUCUGGUUUUGGCGGUUCGGGUGGGUCAUCUGGAUCUACAUUUGGUGGGUCAGCUGGAUCACAGUCUGGGUUUAAGAGCCCCCCCAAAAUUGUUCGUGCUGUAAGUUCAAAGAUAUUUGAGAAAGAAAUAAAUGGCAAGGGAAUAACUUGGCUUCUGCUAUCUUAUACGCCCUCAACAAUGUCGGUCCAGCAGUAUGAGUUAUUCUUAGAGGAGAUUGGUAACUCGUUGAAGGGAGCUUUGAAAGCUGGUAAAAUCAAUUGUGAGAAUGAAUCUUCUUUCUGUAAGAAUCAGGGAAUAUAUCCUCGUAGAACACCCAGAUUAUUUGUUUACUCCUACAUAACAAGUGAGAGUGGUUCCUUAGUCGAGUAUAAUGACGAGUGGGAUGUGAAAAGCUUGAAAAGCUUUUGCCAGGAACACUUGCCAAGGUUUUCGAGACGUGUUAGCCUGAAUAACUUUCAGCCUUCAUUUGGGGCUGGGGAAGGAUUACCCCGAGCGAUGCUUCUCUCAACCAAAAAAGAUACACCAGUGAUUUGGCGUACUCUCAGUGGCUUAUAUCGCAAGCGAUUCAUCUUCUAUGACUCACAGGUUGGUGAUGUUUCUGAUCCAGAGGUCAAAAGUUUAGGGGUUAAUGCACUUCCUGCUAUAGUGGGAUGGUUGUCAACUGGAGAACAACAAAUACUGAAAGCGGGAAUAUCUGUGAGAGAUCUAGAGUCGGCUGUUCAGGAAAUUGGUAUCUUACUUGACGGUUUUGAAAAGAAGAAUAAGAUUGCUUCACGUCAGACCAAAAAAUCUGAGAGUGAAUCCUCUAGCAAACAAGUACCGCUCUUGACAGCAUCAAACUUUCAUGCUCUUUGUGGAGAAGAAACUCCUGUUUGCUUAAUUGGUGGUUUUAGAUCAUCAAAAGCAAGAGACAAACUCGAAUCAAUUCUAUCAAUGGUUUCUCAGAAAUCAUUAUCGAGGAGAAGAAAUCUUUCAUCUGAGUCCAAAGAUUCCAUCUACUACACCAUGGUAGAUGCGAAGAAGCAGCAAUCUUUCUUGGAUGCGUUUGAUAAAUCUGGAUUCAGGUCGUCAAAUAGCUUCUUAGUGGCUUACAAACCUCGGAAAGGGAAGUAUACAGCAUAUACUGGAGAUCUGAAUGCUGAAGAAGCAGAGAAGUUCAUCGGCUCAGUUCUCAGUGGCGAUGUACAAUUCAACAAAACGAGGCAAAAACCAGUGAUCAUGUAGAGUAAUACUCCUAUUUAAAAAAAAAAAAAAAAAUGUAGAGUAAUACUAGAAGAACUGUAAAGUCAGUGUACAUAAAAAAUGGAUACAAUCAAGGGUUUUCAGAACAACAUCAGCACCAAAGAAAUCAGAGUAGAAGAAAUGGUUCUUUUUUGAGUAACUAGAUAAAAUUGACCUUUAUUGUACAUCUUGGAAGAAACGGAAGGACAUUUGAUAUGUAGUCUUUUGAUAACCA